CCAACUGAAGUAAUCUAAAAACGUUGCUCUAGGCCCGGCACUUGUCUAGGUUUUAUAGUGUGAAACUGUAUCAACUGCAUGAAAGUGGCCCGUGGCGGCUGCAAGGGCAGUGUCGCAGAGAACAAAUCGAACCACCGAACUACGAGGAACUUCCACAAGGUGUCUGGCUAUGCGGUGUUCUCUGUUGGUUUCUUCCCAGUGGUGCAGUCGAAGAAGGUGGAUCGAUUGUGUAUUUAAGCGGACGUGUGCGUUGCAGAGACACUGUUCUACGACUUCGGCCUCAAAUUAUGGCAAAGAACGCAAGUAUGACAUUGACCCUAGCCAGUUCCCUCAGAAUGUUGUGCGCAACUUCUGCAUCGUGGCCCAUGUGGACCACGGUAAGAGCACCCUUUCUGACCGCCUCCUAGAGCUCACGGGGACGAUAAAGCCCUCUCGGGACAACCAGCAGGUGCUGGAUCGACUCCCUGUCGAAAGAGAGCGGGGAAUCACCGUCAAAGCGCAGACCGCGUCCAUGGUAUUCCACAAAUCUGGUCACCCGUACCUUCUGAACCUUAUCGACACUCCUGGCCAUGUUGAUUUCAGCUACGAAGUACUGCGGUCCGUGUCAGUGUGCCAAGGUGUCAUUCUCUUGGUCGACGCCAAUCAAGGCGUUCAGGCCCAAACGGUGGCCAACUUCAACAUCGCCUUCUCCUCAGAUCUUGCCAUUAUACCUGUCUUGAACAAGAUAGACCUCAAGAACGCUGAUGUUCAGGGCGUGACAGCGCAAAUGGAAAAUCUUUUUGGUAUCGACGAGAAGGAUGUGCUCAAGGUGUCAGCUAAAGAAGGCGUUGGCAUUGAAGAACUUGUGAAUGCCAUUAUCGAAAGGAUACCACCGCCCAACGGCAACCCCGAUGCACCAUUUCGCGGCAUAUUGCUUGACUCGUGGUAUGACCGAUACCGCGGUGUUAUUGCGCUCAUUAUAGCCAUCGAUGGCACACUGCGACCAGGGGAUGAAAUCGUGUCUCAUGCGACAGGUACAACAUACACUGUGCGCGACUUGGGUUUUAUGAACCCUCUUGAAACUUCAACUGCGCUCUUGUGCACCGGUCACGCCGGAUAUCUGGUUGCAAACAUGAGGUCUCCCAAAGAAGCUCAUAUAGGUGACACACUGUCACACAAGUGCGAUCAUGUUAAGCCGCUUCCAAAGUUUCAAAAGUCAAAACCAAUGGUGUUUGCCGGUGUGUACCCUGAAGACCAGUCUAAAAAUAAUGAAAUGCGGAGUGCAAUUGACCGCCUUCUGCUCAAUGAUCCAAGUGUGCAAGUUUCUAUUGAAUUAAACCCUGCCCUGGGCCAGGGGUGGCGCCUGGGAUUUCUCGGUCUUCUCCACAUGGAUGUUUUCUGUCAGAGACUAGACCAAGAAUUUGAUGCACAGGUAGUCGUCACAGCUCCCAGCGUGAGUUACAAGAUCAAGGUGCAUGGAGCCAAACAGAUUAAGCACUAUGGCAGUGAAGUAAUUACCAUCAACAAUCCACUCGACAUGCCUGAUCCAGUGAUCAUCAGAGAAUACUAUGAACCCAUGGUCAUGGCUACAAUCAUCACUCCUGAUACAUACCUCAGCAAAGUGAUGAGCCUGUGUGCUGAUAGCCGAGGUGUUGCCAAGUCCACACAAAAUGUAGAUAACACAACGAUACUUCUCCAGUACAAAUUUCCUCUGAGUGAGAUUAUUGUCGAUUUUUACGAUGCACUCAAGUCUGUUACAUCAGGGUAUGCCAGCUUUGACUAUGAGGAAGCAGGCUAUGAGCUCACAGACUUAGUCAAAUUGAAUGUCAUUCUGAAUGGCAAAUGUGUCGAAGAGCUAACAACAAUUGUGCAUGCGAGCCGUGCUAGGCAGAUAGGUCGUUCUAUGCUUCUCAGAUUGAAGGAAAGCAUUCCUCAGCAGAUUUAUGCUGUUGCACUCCAGGCAGCCGUUGGUGGCAAAAUUCUGGCUCGUGAAGAUAUCAAAGCUCUUAAAAAGAAUGUCCUCGCAAAAUGUUAUGGUGGUGAUAUUACGCGCAAGUUAAAACUCCUGAAGAGACAUUCUGAGAAGCAAAAGAAACUUAGGACCAUUGGGAACAUCCAGAUUCCUCGCGAUGCCUUUGUUAAUGUUUUGAAGCGGACAUAAUUUGUUCUUCAAAAAGGAAAAGUGACUGUAUUCUCUCUUCUGGUGCUAUAAAUCUAGUUGAACAUUAAAAUUUAUGAUAGCUUUA